AUGUGCGUGGAGGGCAAAGCCUUCGAGAUGGAGUGCUCCAUGGGCCUGGCCUUCAACCCUGAGUCCGGCCGUUGCGACUGGCCCGACCUCGUGCCCUCCUGCGACGCUGACGCGUUCCUCGGGUUCAAGUGCCCACCGGCUACUUACGACGAGUUUGGAAAGGCUUAUGUGGUGAACUUCGGCAUAGCCGGCAGCUGCCACUAUUUCUUCUCGUGCAUGGAGAAUGUGGCGCGACUAUUGGUGUGUGACCGGGGCUUCGCCUUCGACGACUCCGUCGGCCGCUGCGUCGACGCCACCCGCGUCCAGUGCCAGGAGGGAAAC